GAGUUGAACUGUCGCGGCAAGCCGUUGAGGGCGCUGUUAAUUGUGAAUCCACCCUAAGAUUCGGCAUCAGAAAUGACCAUUAAAAGUGACUAAAAAUGGAAGAUUAUGCAGAUUCCAACGUCGGAGAGUAUAGUAAUUCAACCCUUUCAAUCAAGCGUCAUGUGAGAUUUUUCAGGAUGUGUCUUCAAGCUCUGCCUUCGUCGUAUUCAUCUCUUGAUACAAGCAGACUCACCGUUGCUUUCUUUGCGCUAUCUGGUUUGGAUGUCCUCAAUUCUCUUGAUGUUAUUGAGUCUGAGAAACAAGAUAUCAUCAACUGGAUAUAUUCUCUUCAAGUGUUACCAGACCCUGAGAAUACAGAUGAGUCAUUAUCAAGAUGUGGUUUCAGAGGUUCUUCUACUAUUGGCUUAACUUUUAAUCCAUCAGAGAAAGACACUGCCACCUUCCAUCCCUAUGACUGGGGCCAUGUUGCGAUGACAUACACAGGUCUGGCAUCACUUCUUAUCUUAGGGGAUGAUCUAUCUAGAGUGAACAUGCCAGCCAUCGUUGCAGGUCUCAAGGCUCUCCAGCUUGAGGAUGGAAGGUAAGUUGCUUUAAAGCCUGUUUGUACUAGUUAG